AUGAGCAGCAUGCAAACAGCAGGGGAUAUUCCCCUCCAGAUCAUCUCCGAGAACUCUUCCUCCGAACGCCGCAUCAGCCCAUCAUGGACCCUUGGUCAAUUCAAGGCGAAGCUGGAGCCCGUAACUGGCAUCCCACCGCUGUCACAAAGACUGAUCUUGAAGCGCGGGAGCCAACAAUCCAUCCCUCUAAAGGCCGCUGAUGAGGAGAAGACACAGUUGGGGAGUUUCCCUUUGGCGCCCUACGCGGAGAUUCACGUCACAGACAUCCGCCCCCCUGGCAUGCGCCAAAACUUUACAGAUGUCACUCUAGUUCCGAAAUAUGAGAUGCCACCUUCCGAAUACGAGCAGAAGACCGACAGUGUCCUUGCGUGGAAGAAGGCAAAGAAACUAGGUAGGUUCGAUCCAAAUGCUCCUUCAAUUGAGCAAGCCAAGUUUGAGGCACUUGAGACGGAGGUCAAGCAGAGGGGCAUUGAAGUGGGCAAGAGAUGUAGAGUUGGAGGCGAGGAUGCUAAGAGAGGAAAGGUCAUGUAUGUCGGAGAAGUGGAGGAGAUUCCCGGUGGUGCAGGCAAAUGGAUUGGCGUGAAGCUGGAUGAACCUGUUGGUAGGAACGACGGAAGUCUUGGGGGCAAGCGGUAUUGGGGUAAAGAAGGUGAUCCAAAAUUCGGGGUCUUUGUCCGACCUGAACGGGUGGAAACUGGCGAUUUCCCGGCCUUGGAUGAUCUAGAUGAUCUAGAGGAGAUUUGA